GCGGGAUUUGUCCGAUCACAUGACCGGGCUGAUUCCGGCGUCUGUGCGGUGUGAUGGUCAUUGUGUACACAAUUCCUGAGCGGUGGUCUGUCAGCUGGAGAGGAGGGAGGUGGCGCUGGAUUUACUUGAUAGCGGAUCUGCUCCAAUGUUAUCUGAUGAGCUGCAGCCUAAACCUGAGUUGCUGGUGGAGUUUGUACAGAACGCUUCUAUUCCGCUGGGAGAAAGUCUGUCUCUUCUGCCCGGGACCUCAGAAUGCGGCUCCCUCCUCCUGCCAGAUCCCCCUGUGGUGCAGAGGAUGCCAUGUAAGGUGCCCAGCCCAGCGUUGUUGAACAGUCUUCAGGUGGACAUUGAUCAAGGUGCAGACACCAGAGAUGAUAAGAGUGGCGUUCUUUUAUCGCCUUCAGGACCAUCAUCAUUGCUACAAGAUCUACCAGCCAAUGAUAAUUCAUCCUUUAUCCUUCUUAAUCUUGCCAGAUCAGGACUCGGGUCACCAUCGGAACAUUUAGUCUUUGUUCAGGAUGAAGCAGAAGACUCUGGAAAUGAUUUCUUGUCCAAUGAUUGCACAGAUAGCAGUACGCCGUGGUUCCUGCGGGUUCAGGAAUUGGCUCACGAUAGUCUGAUUGCUGCCACUCGGGCACAGCUGGCAAAGAAUGCCAAGAAUAGCAAUAAUGUGGAUAUUUCACAGAAUAAUCUUCCAGAAGCUGAACCAAAAGCUACUCCAUCGGAGAAACGUCUGCGCUGCUCAUACAAGGGCUGUGACCGUGUCUUUGUGUGGCCGACACACAUGAAAUACCAUCUGAAAACACACAGGAAUGACCGCUCCUUUACAUGCCCAGCAGAGGGUUGUGGGAAGAGUUUUUAUGUUCUCCAGAGGUUGAAAGUCCACAUGCGCACUCAUAAUGGUGAACGACCGUUCCUGUGUCCGGAGACUGGCUGCGGGAAACAGUUCACAACAGCCGGAAACCUGAAGAACCAUCUCCGUAUUCACACUGGAGAGAAGCCAUUUGUGUGUGAGAUGGAAGGGUGCGGCCGAUCGUUUGCCGAGUAUUCCAGCCUGCGCAAACAUCAGGUCGUCCAUUCAGGUGUGAAGUCCCACCAGUGUCCCAUCUGUGGGAAGAGCUUUUCCCAGAGUGGAAGCCGGAAUGCUCAUGUAAAAAAGCAUCACUCCGGAAAGCUGCAAGAAAACAGAAUGGAGGAACAUCUCCAGCUGAGUGAAGACGCCUUACAGGACUCUUCUCUGCUGUCCGCGUCUUCAGACAGACACUCCUAUGAGGAGGACGUCUCUAUUUUGCUUAGCUAAAGACACUGACGUCAUUUGGUUUUUCUCCGCACAUGGAAACAGUAUUGAAAAGCGCAAGAACUGGCCGAGGAACCGAGUCUUGGACUUUUAUGGCUGGCUCUGGACAAACCGAAGGCCUGCAGGGUAUGGCGAUGCAAGGAACAGUCACCCCUGUAAAGGACAAUCACUUUAUGUUUGACAGAAGCCAGGCCCUCAUGUCUUCCGAAACAUGACAUUAAAUGUGACCCCCCCCCCCCCCCCCCCACACACACAACAAUGCUACUAACUUUCCCGGCAAUGUCAGUAAAGUGGCGUGAUUAAAUCAUGCCACUGCCCUCCCAGGAAUGGAUGACAUCAUAACUCUGGAAACUAUAUUGUAUAUGGGUACAACUCAUAAAUGACUUUUAUUCUACAACAA